GCCGCCUUCAAGGUCAACUGCGUGCAAUGCCAUGGCUCGGGUGCCGCCGGUUCUGCCGGAUAUCCGAACCUGAAUGAUGACGACUGGCUGUGGGGUGGCGACAUCAACGCGAUCUACGCCACGCUCCAGCACGGCAUUCGCUAUGCAACCGAUGCAGAAACCCGCGUUUCGGAAAUGCCGUCUUUUGCGGAAAUCCUGAAGCCGGAAGAGAUUGAUGCGGUUGCAAACUAUGUUGUCACGCUGUCAGGCGGUGAAGCCGACGCAGCCAAGGCAACGGCAGGCAAGGAUGUGUUCGUCAACAAUUGUGCGGCUUGCCAUGGGGAAGACGGCAAGGGCCUGCGCGACUUCGGCGGUCCGAACCUGACCGACGGCAUUCACCUGUAUGGUGCCGGCGUUCAGGCCGUGACCAACCAGACGAAAGCCCCCAAGAAUGGCGUCAUGCCAGGCUGGAGCGCGCGUCUUGGCGAUACCACGGUCAAGCAGUUGGCA